UCUUCAGCUGGUUGUAUCACAUGUUUGCCAAGUCGCUUUUUCCGUGCCGUCUUAUACUAAAGGACGUUCAUUUUUUUGGCAAUAAGAAUCAGCCGUCGGUAUCUCGGACCGGCUUACCAACACACUAUUCUUUGAGAUGUCGCCCCUCAUCACCGGCCUCCAAAUCGCUUGAGACUCUAAUACAGAGAUCUCCAUUUGUUGCAUCCUAUGCUACAAAAAAAAAAAAAGGUUUCAUUCCUGCAGCAUUGAAGAGUCUGCUUGGAGCUCGGUCGGUUAAAGAGUUAGAACAAAUAUCAAGCACUCCACCUGUAGCAAAGAAGUUGACAGAAAGCAUCAGCCGCUUUGGCCAUAUUUUGGCGGACGAUUAUGCCUAUUUGUUCAAUAUGGCGUUCGAUAAGAGCGCUCAGCGUUAUAUGGUACAUGAGGACACCUAUGCUGCAAGGCAAAUUCACGAACAACUAUCGCCCAUAGCAAACAUGUUCCGCCAUGAAGUGCACUCUCUCGCCACCAGCAAAUUUGAGUGUGUACCCGAGAAAAUAGGAGAUUACUACUACUACACACGUCAAACCGCAAAUUCUAUGACCGUUUAUUGCCGCAAAAAACUCAGUCUCGACGCUCCUGAGGAGGUUUUAUUAGACUGCAACACGCUGUUGAAGAAAAGCAAUCGAAUCACUGUGGGCACGUUGAAGGUGACCCAGGAUCACAGAUUUUUGGUAUAUCUUCUUGACACACGAUCCAACGAAAUGUUUGAUGCUUAUGUCAUGGACACGGUUGAAAAGACCCAAAUUUCAGUUAUUAAGAACGUGUCGAAUGUUGAAUGGGCUCUGGAUGGAAAGUCCAUUUUUUAUUCGGUACCAGAUGAGAUGCGCAGGCCCUAUCGUAUAUACCGUCGUUAUUUACAUGGAAAAGUGGAGGAUGAGCUCAUUCACGAAGAGUUGGACGAUAAGUUUUUUUUAGACAUCAGUCGAACCAAAGAUUGGAAGUACAUUAUUAUCAACAGCAAUUCCAAGAUCACAUCUGAAGUUAGAAUACUUGACACGUCUGCGAGCGAUGCGAGGCCUAAAUUAAUCACUGCACGAAAUACGGGGACCGAGUUCUUCAUGGACCAUGCAGGAGAUUACUUCUAUAUUGUGACGAAUGAGAAGGACUCUAACUACAAAGUCAUGCGAGUUCCAGAUCAUAGCAUUCUGGAUCUACAAAAAUGGGAAGUGCUGGUGCCUUCCAGAGCGGACGUUUCUAUUGAAGACGUGGACGUUUUAUCGAACCAUGUCGUUAUAUAUGAGCGUCACGGCGGCCUGUCUCGGGUUUGUGUUAUCAAUACCAGCACUCGAGAAGAAGUGCUUAUUCCGCUCGAGUCCGGCUUGUGUCACAUUGAGCCAGGUACAAACUUAGACCCAGAUACGUCUAGACUGCGUUUUACCUACAGCUCUCCCAUUGUGCCAGGCGUCGUGUAUGACUAUCACUUUGAUACUGGAGUGCUAGAGGAACGAUACAGGCACCAGCUUCCGUGCAGCGAAGGCGCGAAGAGCGCGUUCAACCCUGAGAACUACCAAAUUCAACGUGUGAUGGUGCCCAGCACUGACGGCGUACAAGUGCCCAUGACGCUCGUACAUCGCAAGGGCAUUGCCCCUUCUAUGGAUAACUUGACACUGCUACAUGUUUAUGGCGCCUAUGGUCAUUCUCUGAACCUUGAUUUCGACAUUGCAAACAUACCAAUGCUGCAGCGAGGAUGGAUGAUAGCUUACGCGCACGUCCGCGGUGGAGGCGAGCUUGGUCGCCAAUGGCACGCCGGUGGCAAGCUGUUGAACAAACGAAAUUCCUUCGACGAUUUUAUCAGUUGUACGAAAUGGCUCAUUUCGAAUCGCUAUACUCAGCCCAAGUGGAUCGCAGCUAAAGCCGCGAGUGCAGGUGGAAUGGUCUUGGGUGUCGCCGCCAACGAAGCACCGGAGCUGUACAAAGCGAUGGUGAUGAAGGUUCCCUUUUUAGACGUCUUGAGUUCUAUGUUGAACGAACAUCUACCUCUGACGGUACAUGAGUACGAAGAAUGGGGCAACCCCAAUGUGAAGGAUGAUUUUGAAAAUAUCUACUCUUAUGAUCCAUAUUGGAACAUACAGAGUCACGAAUAUCCGGCUAUGUUCAUAACUUCUUCUAUGCUAGACAUUCGCGUUCCGCCUUGGAACCACAGUCGCUAUGUAGCCAAGCUGCGCUCUACCAAAAAAGGGAACAGUCUCAUUUUACUUCGAAUGGACAAUCAGUACGGCCACUUUGGAAACGGAACUGCACAGGGACGAGUGGACGAAACUGUCACUGAACUAGCAUUCAUCUACUCUACCUUAAACGUCUUGCCAGAGAGAAUUUAAACGAGUUUUUUGUCAGCAAUGUUGACAUAUCUCUCCCUUUUAGAGAGAGGUGUGUAUAUAUAUAAUAUAUGUAUGUACAGCACAUACAAUUUGAGAGCGU